GCAAUGGAGAGUUGUGUAAAUUGGUCUUAAAUAUUAUGAAAUAAUAUAAUAAUAUUUAUCAUUCAAAUGCAUUAUUGAUAAUUAAAUUUGUCUACUUAAAAUUUAUAGAUUUGAGUCAGAAGAAGUUAAAUCCCUUAACAAUCUACACCCGUGACUAUCUGAACAUCUGUUCAAUUUCAGCGACCGACCGACCAUGUUUUAUAAUAUUUUAAAACGCUCGUUUCAAGCAAAUAUCAAGAAUGUGAAUAACUUAAAUUUACUACGGUUGAGCAGCUCAAAUGGACCCCAAGGCGAUAUCAAAGAUGCGAUGGAUAUAGAGGCCAAUCUCUUUGGGAAUUCAGAUUUAAAGCAUGAGCCGGUAAACACGCGGGAAGCUUUACGCAAGAACCGAACCAAACCGUCUGUGUCUAGGAAAGUCAAGGAAGGUAGUGCUCCAGUAGUUCCUCGCAAAUUUACAGCUCCCGGAAUACCCGCUCCCCGUAAAGCUCCAGUUCCUGCUCCAGUGAUUAAGGACAGUGAGCUUAGUCUGGAGUUUGUGCGUCUUACUCUGCAGGAUCCUUUGACCAGCACUCUGUUAACUACGGUGCGUUCCCGGAAGCGAAGGGACAAGAACAGACAAAUAAUCGUCGAAGGUAGGCGGCUUAUCCUGGAAGCCUUGCAAUGCGGUCUCAAAAUGGAGACACUCUUGUUCAGCCAGAAGGAUCAGUUGACUUUGGUGAAGGAGGAAGUGGGCAGGGCGCAGGUUGAGACCCACACCAAGAUUUAUAAGGUGCCGCAGCAUGACCUAAAGACAUGGUCUUCGUUGGUAACCCCUCCCGGUCUGAUGGCCAUUUUUGACAGGCCCUCAGAAAAAGGCUUAGAGAAGAACCUGGCAGAGCAACAGAGUCUGGGCACUAAGCCCUUGCCCAUUACAGUUGUGUGCGACAAUAUCAGGGAACCAAACAACCUGGGCAGCAUUAUAAGGACCUGUGCCGCUCUACCCUGCAGCCAGGUGGUGGUUACCCAUGGCUGCUGCGACCCUUGGGAGUCGAAGUCCUUAAGAGGGGGUUGUGGCGGCCAGUUUCGAGUGCCUAUUCGAGAUGAUGUCCCCUGGGAUGAGCUUUCGUUAACCAUUCCCCCCGAAGCAGCCGACGAUUGCCAUGUUUUCAUUGCGGAAAGCAACCAAAACAAGAGGGAACAUAACCAGACUAUCGAUUAUGCAGAAAUCAAGGACAUCGGAACCCACAAUCUGCUCAUUAUUGGCGGUGAGAGUCAUGGAGUCAGUGAGGAAGCUUAUCGUUUCUUAAACUUGGUUGGGCGCAAAGGAAAAUGCGUUUAUAUACCCCUGGCAGCUGGAAUUGAUAGCUUGAAUGUGGCAUCUGCUUUGACGUUAUUGCUCUUCGAGAUGCGAAGAAAACUUAAUGAGCAGGCCAUUGUUAAAGAUUAAGUUAGAACAAAAGGCUAACAAUAUAUAUAAUUCGUUCAAAAAACAGCACUUCAACUAUUCGGAACUAAUUUGUAGUUAUCUAUUUAGAAAAUAUGAUUCAGAACAUAACGUA